AGUACAUCAUCAUUGGAGAGUAAUUUAGAAGGUCUAGCAAGUGUGCUGGAAGCUGAUUUACCCAAUUACAAAACAAAAAUUAUCAGGAUUUUAUGUGAAUGUGCUGUGAAAUUACCAGAGAAACAGGCUGUAUACACAACCUUGGUUGGUCUCCUGAAUGCCAAAAAUUACAAUUUUGGAGGGGAGUUUGUCGAAAUGCUGGUGCGAAAUAUGAAAGAGGCUCUUAAAACCGAAGAAUUUGAGUCUGCCAGACUUAUUAUCCGGUUCAUAGCUGACCUUGUAAACUGCCGAGUCAUAGUAGCCGGUUCCCUGCUUGCCAUGUUUGACAAUUUUAUUGAAGUGACAUUAGAAGAUAACAUACCACAGGUGAGAUCAGACUGGUAUGUGUAUGCCGUACUGACGUCACUACCGUGGGUUGGUAGAGAGAUGUAUGAAAAGAAAGAGAUGGAGUUUCAGAAGUUACUGGUCACUAUAGAUGGUUAUAUAAGUAAAAGACAGAAGAUACAUGUACCAGCAUUAAGGGUGUGGUCUACAGAUACUCCCCACCCACAAGAAGAGUACUUGGACUGUCUUUGGGCGCAGAUUAAGAAUUUGCGGAACAACAAAUGGAUCGAGAAGCAAGUGCCGCGGCCGUAUUUGGCAUUUGACAGCGUCUUAUGCGAGGCUCUACAACACCCGUUACCCCAGAUCAUCCCUCCGUCUCACAACGAGGAGAUAAUGUACCCGCUACCUACGGUCGUCUUCAGAAUGUUUGACUACACGGACGUUCCUGAGGGUCCCGCAAUACCUGGAAGUCAUUCAAUAGAAAGAUUUCUGAUCGAGGAAAGUCUAUCAAAUAUUGUACAGACAUUUCACCUGGAGAGAAAAGAGUGUGCCGCAGCUUUGCUUAGCUACACGACCAAGAACAAAAUUCCCCUGAACUAUAUGAUUGUCGAGGUGAUGUUUGGUCAACUAUUCAGAUUACCUCAACCCCCAUACCUUGAGAUUUUCUAUGGUUCAACACUGAUAGAGCUGUGUAAACUACAACCAGGGUCCAUGCCACAAGUUUUGGCUCAAGCUACAGAAAUGUUGUAUGAGAGACUGGAUACGAUGAAGUCUCCAUGUAUUGAAAGGUUUUCCAACUGGUUUGCCUACCAUUUGAGCAACUUCCAGUUCAGAUGGAGCUGGGAUGAUUGGAUAGCUUGUACACAGGUCAACCCGCUUCUCCCUAAACCCAAGUUUGUUACAGAGGUUCUCCAUAAAUGCCUGAGAUUGUCGUACCAUCAAAGGAUUAAAGACACUGUACCAGAAGCCUUUAGAGAGCUGAUACCAGCUAAACCUCAAGCCAGGUACAAGUACGAGGAAGAAGGGGCAGGAUCAUUGCCGGGUACCAUGGUUUCCCAUCAGUUGAUAGAUGCCAUCAAAUCAAAAUGUACACCAGAGGAAACACUGGUCUUAUUGAAAGAAUUACCAAAUCCUCUAGCUGAUGAUACAGAUGAGCCGUCACACCAUCCCCUCAGAAUAGAUGUGUUUGUGUCUACACUGUUACAUCUUGGAUCUAAAUCUUUCUCCCAUUCAUUUGCUGCCAUUGCAAAGUUUCAUUUUGUGUUGAAGAUGUUGGCCGAGUCUGAGGAAGGCCAGAUAUGUCUCCUGAAGACAAUGUAUGAAGUCUGGAGUACACAUCCACAGAUGAUGGUAGUUCUGACAGACAAACUUCUGAAGACUCAGAUCGUAGAGUGCUCGUCUGUUGCUAACUGGCUCUUCUCAGCCGACAUGGCACCAGAUUUCACCAGGAACUAUGUUUGGGAGAUAAUGCACUCGACAAUCAACAAGAUGAGUAAACAUGUUGAAAAACUUCAGAAAGAGGCUGAGGACGCCAGAGAUUUGUUAGACGCUGCGAAGAAAAAAAUGGCGGAUGGUUUAGAUUACGAGGAGGACGAUGAGAUACCCACGGAGGAAAUGGUGGAGCGCAUGGAAGAAAGACUUGAACUUGUCCAGAAUCAACAGAAACGAUUGUUUCUCAUCAUAUUCCAGAGGUUUAUUAUAAUAUUGACGGACCAUUUAGCACGCUGUGAGAGUGAAGGUAUAGAUUAUCAGACGCCCUGGUAUAAGUGGGUCAUUGAAAGACUUCAGGAAGUGUUCCUUCUACACCACAGUUUGGUGUUUAAGUAUAUAAACACCUUGGAGAGUUUGUUAUUCACCAGUGACAUUGACAUUCAUAUCCUGGAGGUGUUUCAACAGUUCUGUGCCCUUAGAUCUUGAGUUGAAUAAAUGUUGCAGUGCCAAUUUAUAUAUUACAAUGACCAGUCCAUUAAACCACUUCAAUAUUACAGUAACCAGUCCAAUAUUAGUAAUCAGUCCAAUAAACCACUUUAAUAUUACAGUGACCAGUCCAAUAUUACAGUGAUCAGUUCAAUAUUACAGUAACCAGUCCAAUAUUAGUAAUCAGUCCAAUAAACCACUUUAAUAUUACAGUGACCAGUCCAAUAUUACAGUGAUCAGUUCAAUAUUACAGUAACCAGUCCAAUAUUAGUGAUCAGUCCAAUAAACCACUUCAAUAUUACAGUUACCAUUUACAUAUUACUAACUAAUUAAAUUUUUCUGGGAGACAAUGAUCUUGGCACGGUAUCUUCACUGUUGCUCCACAAAUAUUCUGAACAAACUGUUGUGUUUUCCAAUGAAAUUACUGUAACAAAUAUAAAAAGAAUUUAACACUCGAGAAAAAAAAAACAGUGUUAGUUGGUCAUAUUAUUGAAGAAAAUGGGGUCACUUGUUAUUUUUCUGCAACAUUCAUUUGUGCGGAUGAAAUUUAUGUUAUGUAAGCUCCCUGAAAAGCGGGAACUUUUUGUGCAGACUUGGAUGAAACAUGUAUUCUAUCAAGUUUGUACCAAACAAAUUCAGAUACAUUGACAUAUAAAUCCAAAUACAAAAGGAAUGUUAAAAUCUCAUGCCAAUUGGUUCACAUUUCUAUAUAUAGAAUUUCACUUAAGUGUGAUAACAACCUUAAUUACAUGAUACAGGAUCUUUAAGUUAAAGAAAACAAUCCUUGCACUUCCUCAUCUUUGUGAAAUUGUGGGUUAUUUCAAACAUUAGCCUUCUUUUAUUUUAUAGCAAACUUAAACUGCAUUUGUUCUAUAAUGGGACAAACAACUGGAAAUUAGCACUUCUGCAACUUUUUGUCCAAUUUGGCUCAUGUGCCAUUUUGUUAUGUUGGUCAUUGUGAAAGAAAAUAUUUUUGCCCAUAGUAAACUGUGUAAAAUAAUAGAAAUGUGAACCAAUUAGCAUAAGUUUUUAACAUUUCUUUUGUAUUUGAAUGACAUUAACUUGAUGCAAUAUUGCAAAUAAUUUUUAGGGAACUUGAAAUUGUAAUACAUAUGAAAUUGUAAUUGUAUUUCAUUUCAAUUUGUAUUUUAAUCCAUCAAUCUGAUUAAAAUCAGAUUCUAAUUGAAGCUAUGCAUUAAGAUCUGAUGACCACCAAUUGGUUGUCACCUUCUUGUGACUUUUCAAACAGCCAAUCAUCCGCAAGCUUUCUUAAUUUUGAAUGUGAUGCGGUUUCUAAUUUUAGCAGCUGGGUAACCAAUAGGGAGAAGGUAAUUUUCAUGAUUUAGAAAAAAAUAUGGCGUUGUCCAUAUAGCUGGCUGGUAAACUGGCAAACAAUCUAAACCAUUAAAAAUUGUGUUUAUAUGUUUCAAAUUACUUCAAACAUUUUUUUCAAACAAAAAUUAACAAUAUGUUUUACUUCCAAGUACAGUGAUAUUUUGAUACUUUGUCUAAUGCCUAUCUGUAAAGGAUAGUUUGAUUGCAUGGCUAAAAAUAUUUUUUUUGGGAAAUCCGAAUCACAGUGAAGGCGAAACAAAUAUGGUGGUCAUCAGAUCUUCAUGCAAGAAAUAACUUAAGGUGAUUUAAAAUUUAGUCAAAUUGCUAAUCUGUGAAUUUAAAUCUGAAAUUUGAAUUUUAUGACAUGUAGUUUUGAAUUUUAAAUCUGUAAUGCAUAUGAAAAUGAGACUGUAAGCACAUAUAAAUUUGAUUCUGUAAUUCAUGUUAUAUUUAAAGGAGUAAACACUAAAUCUCUUAGUGUAUGAAUGUAAAUUUGUAAUUCAUUUUGUAUUGAAUCAUUUGAAUUUGUAAUUUCUGUUUUUACUGAAUUUGUAAUGUAAUGGCACUUGAUAGUUUGAUGGCUUGAAUUUUUUCAUCAUGUCUGUUUUUAUUUAAAAAAAUUUUAGAACUUUACUUACAUAUUUUAUGAAAUUUUCAGAACUUGAAUGUCAGGAAUAGUAUCAUUUGUAAAUGGUGUGAAACUUUUUUAAGUGAUUGAAAACUUUAUUUAAUCUGUAUUUAGAAUCAUACGAUGGACUAUGUUAUGAAAAUUGAUCUUUAAUAUGUAUAUGUAAAUAAAAAACAUUAAUGUUGUAAGGGGUUAUGGCCCUUGAAAGCUAGGGUUUGUUGCUAAACUGGAUUUAUGUUAUUUGUCUAUGUGGUUUUUUUAUAGGAAGUGAUGUCUUUUAUUAAUUAAAAUGAUUACAAGAAAGUAUAACAUUAUUAAAGACCCAGUCUGCUCCAGAAAUGCUUUUUUAUUUAAUUUUAUUGAAUAAAAAUGAUUACAAUAAUUACAAGUAAAACAAUAUUUAAGACCCAGUAUGCUUCAGGAUUUAUUUCAUUUUUUUUUCAUUUAUCACACUUUCUUAUUUUUAGUUUCCUGUUAUAAUUUCCGAAAAAAAGUACUCAUUUGCAGAAGAACUUUACCAAAUUGAACUUCUUUUGCUUUUUUUAGUGAAUUAAUUGAUUAUUUAUAAUCAUUUCAUUUUUAAUUACUACUUCAUUUGAUAAGUACCUUAUAUGUUGUAAAAACAUGUUGGCCCUUUCUAUAGAAGAAACUCAUUUCUGAGGCAUGAUGUGCCUUUAAUGUUAUGUUUUAUGUUGUAUAAUACUUAAAAUGCGUCAUAUGUAUGAAUAGGCAGGGUAUUAUGGGUGUUUUAAUGAUUUUAUGCCCAUUGCCCGAUAUUUCAGCAUGUAGGAUCUCAUUUUAACCUUAUUCAUAUUUACUCUAAUACUUCUUAAUUAAUGAAAAUGAAUAAUGGCAGUGUAUAAUGUUGUUAUAUAUAAAUAUUUUACUUUCACUGUUGUAUGAAAUGAAAGGACCCAAGCAGGUGUUUCGACAUUUGCUGGAAUUAGUCGAGUACUAU